AUGGACAAGGACCAUCUAAUUAUACUCGUUGGAGCGAGCUUUGCCUUUUGGCUACUGAUUGUUAUCCUUAUAUUCGCUACCUGGAAGGCUGCGGACUGGUUUGCUCAGGAUACCACAGACGUUGAAACUCCUCAGGCUCAACCCGACCUCCCUUCGCCUACCCUUGGAGUUAAACGCGUUCGCUUUGCUCCUACCCAUCGAGAUGUCAUCCAGCCUCCUCGUCACCCCAACGGCCCAGGUACCGCGAUCCCCGUCGACGAGCGCAUCAGCUUGAGAACUUUCACCUUACUCUUUAUGGGAACUGUGUCUAUUUUCGUAUUGGGCGUUCUCUACUGGAAGCUGGGAACCUUUCUACGGUCGUUCACACGCUCAAGGGUAACUGGGGGAGGGAGGAGUGCGGCUUCGCACCAUGUUAGAGCGUGGUACGGAUGGAUUCCUACCAUGGAUUACAACUAUCACAAACAGCGAUGGAAAGGGGAAUUUCGUUGGGUUGGAAAACUGAUGUUUUGGAGAUCCUCGCAUGCAGAUUAUAGUUGGAUAUGGUGGGAUCCGGAUGGUGAAAAAUCAAAGCAGCGGGCUGAAGAUGAGGGCCGUUUACGGCGUAUCCCCUUGCGGCUGAUGAGAUAUGCGAUUAAUGGCUUACGGCCUGGACCUGCCCCACAACCACCGGUCAACGCAGAGAAGAGUCCUUGUACGGCCAACAUGCCCACGCCCCGAUUAAACCGUUCUCUCUAUCAAAAACACGGAGAUCCCGGGGCCAUGGAGUGUGAAGACUUUUACCUACCGCACACCCCUGGCUCUGCCUUUACAAUCUCGCCAAGAACACGAUCUAAGUCCUUAGAUGACGGUAACUAUGGGUUGAGAUGUACUUCACGACUCCGUCCUAUAGCACGAAGGGCCCUUUCUGAGGGCCAUCAAGGUAGUUCUCGCCAUAUACAGUUACACUACCCCUCUACCCAGCCCAUGCAUGCUACAAGACGAUAUGGCCGAAGUAGGAUGUUCAGCUACGAAAACUCAAUGGACGAGAUUCCUGCUGCCAAAUCUCUCUCUUGGAAGUAUCGAGCUUGGGGAGCAAGGAUGCAAUGCCAGACGUUUGGUGAUACUAAUAGAGCUCUCAGAGGCCAUGCUGGGCGGCCAGGGACAGCAAUGUCCUUUGCUAUAAGAAGCAUGAUAUCGUCAGGGUCAGGCAGUGGUUCAGAAGUAUAUCAAUCCCUCCAUGCGGAUAUCAGACAGCGCCCGGUUCCAUCGUCGACUAAGCCCUGUGACACAUUUUCCAUACACCCUUCCUGCACGCCUUGGACCCAAGUGAAUGAGUCAAGCUCUCAACACCUUUCUCAUACAGAAUAUACCAGUUCAGUUUCUAGAUUGCACGGUCAAUCUUAUUCAGGGAGGAUGCAUAUGUCCAGUUCGCGUUACAGGUCUGGAGAAAAUGCUCUUCGAAUCCGAAAACGGCGUGGCAUACGCCGUCGACUUCCCCUUGAAAACUGCCUAAGCCGCCCUGAAGUUCGACUAGUUGAUGAUUUGGAUAGGAAACUAGAGUGGUUAUCAAAUGAGAUGGACCCGGGCCGAAAAUCUUUUGCAUUUCUUCUUCUUCACAACCAUUGGCUCAACAGGGCUACGUGGGUUGUAACCGACCCUUCGUCUAGAAUCACCGUCCAGAAGAAAAGAAUACGGGGCGACCCGAGAGUCAAUACCAUGGCCUUUGGUGGUAAUGGAAAAGCUGCGGCUCUAGACAACACGCCGGCGCCACGAGUCAGAGCAGUUACACCGCGGAUAGACUCUUGGAGGGUAGCAGUCAAUCGAGCAAGGGCAUCGUCUGGGGCUAAAGAGAUAAAAAGGGUUGCCGAGUUAUUUGAAGGCUCUGCCGAGGAGGCGGCUGAUAACAAUGUUGACCCGGCUAGCUGGAUCCUCAAAAAGCCUCAACAAGGAAAUGGAAUGUCGAACAAGCAAAAAGAAGCUUAUUUCGAAGGACCCGGGGGUUGGUGUGAGAAGCUCGACUACUGGGAGAAUGUUCCCCGGCUGUAUAGAGUGCGCCGGGUAGUCCUUCAGGGCAAAGCCAACCGUCGAUGCGUGGUUAGAACUAGCAAAGAUAUAUGCGGCGGCGUUGAGAAAGCUGCCCAGAAGGCAAAACGACUGGGUGUUGAGCAGUAUGCUAGGAUCAAACAGUUUGAGAGAUCUGAAAAGUCAGGCCGGGGAGUUGUAGGUCCACGUCACUCCCCGAGAAGCACUCUUCCUAGGUCUGUAGUAAAUAUACAGAUGGAAGAUCCAGCACAAGGACUACAAAAUACGCCUGAUUUGGUGUCGAUGCAGGAGCGAGACGAAGGCUAA